CAAACAAGUUAAAAAGUGUUGAAGAUAAGGAAGCUGAGAGGGAGAAACAAAGAGAUGGCAUUUCAACUGAACUUGCUUCAGACAUCAAGCUUAAACUAUGCUAAACAACCUCAGCCAUCUUCUUCCAUUACCGUCCCUACUCGUUUAUCAUCUUCAAGAGUGAAUGCAAUUUCUGGGAGAUCGACCCAAGAGUUGUUACAAUCCGGUACAGUCCGCCCCAUAUUACCAAAAGAUGCAGCCUUAGCCAUGGAGUCUGAGGGCUACUUAUUGCUUGACAUUAGACCCCAGUGGGAGACGGAGAAGGCACGCGUUUCAGGGUCUCUGCACGUGCCACUUUUCGUGGAGGAUAAGGAUAAUAGUCCUUUAACGUUGUUGAAGAAAUGGGUGCAUUUUGGGUACAUUGGAGCAUGGACUGGGCAGUACUUUACCAUGAUAAAUGAUGAUUUUGUUAAAGAAGUGGAGAAAGAGGUUCCUGAUAAGGAGUCUAAGCUACUUGCAGCCUGCGGUGAAGGACUCAGGUCUAUGAUGGCUUUCACUAAAUUACACCAAGGAGGAUACAAGAACUUGGGAUGGUUGGCUGGAGGCUUUAACCGCGCUUCUGAUGGUGAUUUUCCGAACGUUGAAGGGACUGAAAAGUUGCAAUAUGCUACAAUAGGAGGUGCGUCAUACUACUUCCUUCAGUUGCUUAUUUUGUUACAAGUUGUUGGGAAAAAUAAUUGAUCACUCUGUUGAUCAGACAAUCCGGUCGAGAAGUUGUGGGUGAAAUAUGGGAUUACACGAAUAUCUGAGUUUUCAUGGAUCAGUUGGAUGGUUUGCAAGUAUUGUUAUCACCAUGUAAAAAUCCCAUUUGAAAUAGGAUUGUUUGUUCCUUAGUAAUUCAGUGUUUUACUUUUCAAUGAUGAGUGACGAAAAAGGAUUCAUUAACAAACGCUAUUUAUUGAGAAUGAGGCGUAGUUGUUCUCUUGAUGUUGUUGUAUGCAAUUGGUUAUAUCUGACAGGAGAAAUUUGAAGGUCCCAA